AUGCAAGGUCAUACUGAUGCUCUGAAGCUUAAGCUCGUGAACUGGGUGGAUGAUAUGACUAAGAUAAACUCAUAAAACCAGAUUAGUUUUAUAAGAAAUGGUUUAGUAACACUCGAAGGAGAAGUUUAAAGUAUCAUAGAUUGGAGAAAGCACUAUAUUGAGUCUUCUUCAUUUAAUACCAGAUACAGACUAGUCCAAGAGCCUUAAAACAAAAUAGAGUCAUUAAAAAAAGAACUGGAGUCAGUAUCACAAGAAAUAAACGUUAACUUGUUGUAGUUGAAAUCUGGAAUCAAUGUUGGAUCUGAUCCAUCACAUAAGGAAAAAAAAUGA